CUUCGACCUCUUAAAAAAAAAGAACACUGACAAAACAAUUCAAAAGAGAAUGACGAGAAGUCGUCGCUUAAAUAGGAAAGCAUCCGUAAAGUCCGACGAAACUACGCGUACGGGCGCCUACGUCGACUUUAAUGCAAGAAAAACAAUUUUAAACAAGUUAAAAGAGAAGAACAAAAACAGCUGUAUAUAUAUGUGUGUGUUGAGUUCCCCAGCAAGAGCAAGGCGGCCCAGAGAUCUGAGAGAAGCGUCAUUAUGCAGCUAAUUCUCCGUGGUCUUGUGGUGGCUCUGGUACUGAUAUUGGCCCUUGGAGUUGAGUCGGCAUAUUCCUGCCGGAGCCUUCUCGAACCUCUCCUCAACACCGCCGCCACUACUCCUGCAGCACGGAAGUUUUUGACGCCGGCGCCGCCGCCACCGGAAGGAACCCCGACGAUUAGCCUUUGCCGCAGCUUCUCACCGCCGGGAAGGCAUGGAUGAUGAUGAUGAUAGUGCGCCGACGGGGAAUGGCCGCGGGAUAUUUCUUUUUUGUUCAACGUACAUGUGAACUCCGUUAGUAUUGUUUUUGGAUAUUGUGUCUUUUGUUGACCUGCUGCAUGUACGUCUCAUCCCACUACUUCUCUUUCCUUAUCACGCGGGUUUUUCAUCCCUACUUCGAUUAAUUAAUUCCAAGCGCACAA